CAAAAGCGCCGGCUUAUUUGAUUUCGGAGCUUUACUGAUAGUUCAUACAUGUUGUCAUGCCAGUGUACGCAACACCCGGCUCCGAUCGAGGGCGUAACUACGAAUUGAAUUUGGCGCAGUACGGUGUAUUGGCAAAAGAUCUUUCAUGCAACUGGUUGUACAAUGUUUUCGGUGAAAGUGUCAAGGAAAAUUGUCGUAGUGUGUUUGCAUCUGGGGACUACCGGUAGGGUGGAUGAAUCUUUUUCGAAUGUGCAUCGGAGAUAAUAAAAAAGCUUCGCAAGUUGAAGGAGGAAGUGAACAGCCCCGCCAGUGCUACCGAACAGUCAAUUUUGUUUGCCCCUCAUCUUCCACCACGAUGACGAAUAGUGACACUCCUCGUGGGUACGAGUACGUCGUCGUUGACAACGACGAUGAGCACGAGCCAUUGACGCAUACCAAUCGAGAAUACGAUCCCGAGGUCGAAGCAGUAACUACAACGUCGUCCAGGCUCACAAGACGUUCUUUCUCACUUCUUCACAUCACGGGUACUUUCGCAGGGGGUAUUCUUGCUUGCAUACUCGCACAGUACGCCAUAACACGAUGCGGCAAACCUUGUGUAUCGUCAUGUUCCGAUGUCCUUGAGUCGAACAGCCAUCAGGAAGCGGCAGUCGCUCCUACGUGGGUUACGGUACACCACUUCCCACCAACAUCUCCGACCAACGCUUUCCCUAGUCUAUUCCCAACCGACGUUGGCUUUUCUGGUGGGACACCCACAGGUGCAGAACCAGCAGUCAUUGCGACUGCUCCCAGCUACCCAGUUCAAAGUGGUGCGGCACAACUCGUUGUUCCAGAGUCUUUAGGAUCGCACAAGCAUCAGUUCGACUUAUUCCAAUGGUGGGGAAACCUCUCUCCUUGGCAUAGUGUCAAAAAGGGUACAUUUGGAGUUGAAUCAGGACCAGAGGUUCCUGAUAAGUGUAGAGUCACGGGCUUACAUUUACUGCAUAGACAUGGAGCAAGGUACCCGAAUCCUAAAGAUUCUUACGGUGGACCUGCUGCCUUUGCUGGACGGCUUCAUCAAGCGGGCAGUAAAUGGAAGGCAUCUGGCGACUUGAAGUUCUUGAACGAGUGGACAUACAAAUUAGGCGAAUCAGUGCUCACGCCAUUUGGACGACAACAACUUUAUGACCUCGGGAUCUCCAUGCGCCUUAAAUACGGAUUCCUAUUACAAAACUUUACGGACACUAAUACAAUUCCAGUGUUCAGAACCGAGUCUCAGAGUCGCAUGCUUAACUCCGCUCUCAACUUUGCUGCAGGAUUCUUUGGUUAUCCAUUCGAAGGUCAAUACCAGCAGAGUAUAUCCAUUGAGGCCGCUGGAUUCAAUAGUACCCUUGUACCUCACCACUCCUGCCCGAAUGCCAACCGCGAAUCUGUGGCCGACCGUGGCAUCUUGUACGUCAAACGCUGGGUCAAGAUAUAUCUGUCGUCUGCCAAAAAACGCCUCCAGGCUCACUUGUCGGGAUACGAGCUUACCGUGGAAGAUGUGUAUACUAUGCAGCAGAUGUGCGCAUAUGAGACCGUUGCUAUCGGUUACUCUAAAUUCUGUGAAUUAUUUACUCAAGAAGAGUGGGAAGGGUUUGAUUACUCAACCGACCUAUGGUUAUGGUACAAAUCCGCGUUUGGCUCUCCGGUCGCAUGCGCUCUGGGAGCAGGCUGGAUACAGGAAUUGGUUCACCGUCUGGAACAUAAACCCGUCACUGAAAAAGAUAAUAAGUUCUCAAUGAAUUUCACACUCGACGGCGAUAUACGAACUUUCCCGGUCAACCAGAGCCUAUACGUGGAUGCCACACAUGAAGAGCUAAUUGCAAACGUCAUAACUGCGCUGAAUUUGACAAGCUUCGCGCAAGACGGGCCAUUACCGUAUGAUCAUAUUCCGAAGAACAGAAAGUUUAGAGUGUCCCAGCUAUCUCCGUUCGCGGCAAACAUCCAGUUCCAACUCUUAUCGUGCGACUCGCAACCAGGGGAGCAAAUCAGAAUCAUUAUCAAUGACGGCAUUGUCCCGCUUUCCAGUAUUCAAGGAUGUCCUACCAAUAAGGACGGUAUGUGCUCAGUGAAAGCCUUUUUGCGUGCGCAGAAGAAGUUGUUGGAUACGGUGGAUUGGGAUUGGGCUUGCUAUGGCGAUUGGGCAGUCGAAAAAGGGUCAAAAUGGGAGACCGUGACGGGUGAUCCACCUGUCAAAGGGACUACUGUACAGGAUAUUCCCUGAAGUUUAAUCUGAUUGCAGGCUCUGAGAAUCCUUCGUUCAAGUCGGACCACAAAACUGUCUUCCCGUUCCCGCCACAAUUCGCUUUUCGCUUUUCGAGCUCCCGACGUAAUUGAGGCAGUUACUUCUGAGUCGCGGAAACUCUGAUACCUAGUCCUGCAAAUUAGACACCAAUAUUUACAAUAACUAUCUAUAUGAACUAUGAUGUAAAAUCCUGAGACUUUAAAAUCUAGAAGAACUAUUCAGACUGCUUUUCAGCAGCAGCGGCAGCCUUCAUCAUAUCGGCACAUUUCUCCGCUACGACCACUGUAGGAGCCAUAGUGUGUGUGGCGAUGAUUUCAGGGAAAAUUGAGGCAUCACAGACUCGUAGUGCAUCUAUUCCAUGUACCUUCAACUCAUCAUCGACAACUCCGGGACGGUCAACUUCAUCUUCAGCUCCCAUACGGCAAGUGGAAGUAUAGUGAUAGCAAGUUCCUAGAUAUUUACGAAUGAAGCGGUCGAUGUCAGCAUCGUUUUCUGUUUCGGGGACUUGAAGGUCCUUGAGAGGAUAACCCUGGCUUCGAAUCUGUUCUCCGAGGCGUAACGAGAGGCGGACGGCUUUCCUCAUAGCCACGUAGUCAUCCGGGUUUGAAAAGUAGCCGAGAUCGACUGCGGGACGAUCGAGCGGGUUUGCUGAUGCCAAACGAACACUGCCGGAGGAUUUGGGCCUGAGAUGGGCUAUUAGGAAGGAGAACAUCCCUUCUUUGACGGUGACGGUGUUGUCUAGAGAGCAACGAUAGGCAACGGGCAUAAUUUCAAUAUCUGGAACAUUUGCCGACACGGAUGAAUCCAGUUUCGUCUUGUCGGUGUGGAUCACGGAAGAGUUUUCAUCGAGAAGCUGGGAGGGAACGAAAAGGGAUGUCUGCAUGAAAGGUAACGAGAAGGUGCCGCCACCAGUCAUGACAUAUUUAAGGAGUUCUUUGGCGGCAGCCCAGGUGCUCCUUUCGAGGAGAUGUAGAGACUCGUUGAGAGGAACCUCA